AUGGUCAGCGAUCGAGUGUCAAGCUUCAGUGCCCUUGUAAGCUGGGUAGCACUACAUGCCUGCCUCAUCACAUUCCUGUCAUCCUCACCAGUGGCUAGCUCUCCUUUACCGGAGGUUUGGAAGGGAGAUUCCCACUGGAAUUCUGCACCUGGCUUCAGCCUGCUGUUCCCAGACUGGAUAUCCCUGGCUCAGCUCAUCCAUGACAAGAGUGAUUACCUCAGGACUCAGCUCUGUGACAAGGAUGCUGUAUGUGAUAACAGCAUGGGAAUUCUUCUGCAAAACAAUCUCACUCUGCCAAGAAUUACAGUAGAAGAUGGAUGUUAUGGUUCUAAUUUCAACAAGGAAAAAUGUUUGCAGAAGAUAGCCACUGGCCUUUAUUUGUUCCGUCCAUAUCUGCUCUUUGUACAAGACACGCUUGUUACUGAAGAGAAAGAAGCAAAGAAGUUAGUACAGACAACCAAACAUCUUGCUGACGCAGUUAACUUGGUGAUAAAGCAUAUUACUGAAACACAGACAGUCACUGCAGAAAUACCGAAAACCAUUUUAGAAGCCCUCCCUUCAGAGAAAGUCUGGAUACAAAAAGUAACGAGCCGCUUCAUACUUCAAAAUUUUAUUAUUUUCAUGGAGCAAACUAUAAGGGCUCUUCGCCAUGCUCAGGACAAUUAAAACAAUGUAUAAGUAUGUGAUGAGUGAAAGUGUUUAGCUACAAAUAUUUGUAAACAACGUUUUAGCAACAUAGAUGUUUAAUUUCUGUGUUAGAAAGUAAAGUAUUGCACAUUGCAGAUAACAGUACCAAUCUCUCAUUCAAGCAGAUGUUUAUAUAUUUAUAUAUGCAUUUAUUUAUUUGUUUAUUCAGUUAUUUAUUUAUU